AUGGCCUUUGAGCCACCGCUCAAUAUUUUGARGUUUCCCAAAGAUAAGUCUGAACAAUCGCUGUGGCUUAUAGCUUGUGGGUUUACUGAAGAAGAUUUUAAGCCUUCUAUAAAACUUUGUUCUCUCCAUUUCGACAAAGAUUGUUUCAAAACUGAGAAUAUUUUAAAACCAAAUUCAGUUCCACAAAGUUUUACAGAAAAUCAAAAAAAUUKUUUGAAUCAACGUAUGUUGUCCUUGAGUAUGAUGCCUGAGUUACUGACGUACCAAAUUUUUGAGCAGACUGCUUCAACAUUUAWCAGUCAAAUGGAAACUUCUGAAAUUAAUGGUACUCCUAAUCGAACACCGAAGAAAUAUUUUAUACAUAAUGUAACUACUCCAGAUUUUGAUAUUCUGAGAAAAGCCAAUUAUAAUUUCACCAAAGCUAAGUAUCAAAUUAUUCAACAACAAAAAAAAAUUAAAUAUUUAAAUUUAAAAAUAAGCAGACUUUCAUCUAUGGAUGAAUUAAUUAUUCAAAUGAAACAAAAAAUCUUCUAACUGAACAAGUUAAUACCAUUUUGGUAGGUUUUAUUUCAAUGAAUGRAAGUUACUAUAUCAUGUUUGAGAGACUAUUCACUCACUWAUAAUUUGUUAAAUCCUUAAUGAUUAUUUAUAA